AUGCUGAUUGACGAGUGCCUUCAUUACAUUAUUUUCUUCUCUUUUCUUCUCUCCCUAGUCCUCUUCCAAAUACUCCUGCUCGUAGGUCUCCUAAGUGCAAAGAAGUUUCCAUGUUUCCCUGAAUAUUGCCUUCAUGACAAAGACUACGAGGAGCUGCUGGAGAUUGUCAAAAAUGGGCUAGAACCUGCAAUUCAUCCAGCAAAUGUGGUCGUUGUCGGUGCAGGAAUAAGCGGGCUUACAGCAGCGAAGUUGCUCCGAGAUGCCGGCCACACGGUUACUAUUCUGGAAACAAGCAAUCAGGUGGGUGGGCGGAUCAAGACAUACCGACCAGAGGGACAGGACUGGUAUGUGGAGUUGGGAGCCAUGCGCCUGCCGAGCAAGCACAGGCUCGUCCGUGAAUUCAUUAGGCAGUUUGACCUGAAGCUAAACCCAUUCAUCCAGACAGAUGACAACACCUGGUACUUUUUGAACGGCACUCGGAUAAGAGCUGUGGAAGUGAAUAGAAACCCCAAUAUCCUAAACUACACAGUGAAACCAUCAGAGAGAGGCAAGAGUGCCAGCCAGCUUUAUAGAGAAGCACUAAACAAGGCUUUCGACACGUUCCAGACUACAGACUGCAAGAAAUUUCUAGCUAAGCACGACUCCUUCUCCACCAAGGAGUAUUUGAUUAAAGUAGGAAAUCUAAGCCGAGGAGCAGUUCAGAUGAUCGGUGACUUGUUGAACGAGGACUCCGGAUUUUAUCUGUCCUUCCUUGCCUCGCUGUGGGAUUUUGAUGUCUUCUCUAACGAGAGUUUUGAUGAAAUCACAGGGGGAUUUGACCAACUGCCCAAAGCCUUCCACGAAGCGUUGCCCGAUGUCAUCCAAUUCAAUUGCACGGUGGAGAAAAUCAUGACCAAGGGAAACAAAGUCCAUGUGUUUUACCGCGCUCCGGACACUCUGGCUCCAAGCACAGUAACUGCAGAUUACGUCCUUGUCACAUCUACCGCCAAAGCCACCAGGCACAUCCGAUUCCUGCCACCGCUCUCUCCUCCGAAGGCCCACGCCCUGCGCUCCAUUCACUACGCAAGCUCCUCCAAAAUAGUCUUGGCUUGCUCCGAGAAGUUCUGGGAGAAGGACGGCAUCAGAGGAGGGCAGUCCAUCACUGACCGCCCUUCACGGUUUAUCUACUAUCCCAGCCACAACUUCUCCAGCGGGGUGGGUGUGAUCCUGGCUUCCUACACCUGGAACGAUGAUGCUGAGUUUUUCCUGCCUCUCACAGAUGAGAAGUGCCUGGAUGUGGUCCUCCAAGACCUGUCAGAUAUCCACCAAGUGAGCAAGGAGUACCUGCAGUACACCUGCGACCAGUACGUGAUACAGAAGUGGCAACUGGACAAACACUCCCUGGGGGCAUUUGCUGCCUUCACCCCUUACCAGUUCGUUGACUACUCGCAGGCUCUCUUCGAGCAUGAGGGCAGGGUGCAUUUUGCAGGAGAACACGCAGCUCAGCCUCACGCCUGGAUCGACACCGCCAUGAAAUCAGCCAUCAGGGCUGCGAGCAACAUCCACCAUGCCAGCAGUGAAGCCCAGAUGCUGAACGAGGAGGAGGAGGAGGAGCAGAGAAGGAGCUUCUUGCAGAAGGAAGAUCUCUGA